UAACAGUGUGAAUGACUGGCAAAACCGGUUAUCGGCUAUGAAUAGCUGCAUGUCUCAAAACGCAUGGGACGGAGCUGGCGUUACGUUUAGCAUAGGACUACUGCAGGGCGUGUUGAUACAACCAAAGGGUCGAACAGUGCUGGACGUCAAAGGCUGUGUCUUGUGUGACAGACACCAGUAAUAUGGACCACAUUCUUGUGGUUUUCACUGUGCUGUUAUGUGGGCACUAUGUAGCAGCACAAAACAAAGCUCCAUACUUUUUUGAGAAUGCCACCAUGAAUGGCUUUCACGUUUCAGAAGACACUCCUGUGGGGACUGUGAUUUACCAGCUACAAGGCAUCGAUCCCAAUGGAGACCAGAUUUUCUUUUUCAUCAAACCCGAGAAUGAAGAGUUGGUUGUCAACAAGAACACAGGAGUGGUCUCACUGAAGGCACCUCUAGUCUACAAUCCUCUCGACUAUGAAAGAAAGUUUACCAUUAUCAUCACAGAUCAGUUUGGUGUAAAUACUCAGCUUGGAAUUAGUAUUUUCAUUGAUGAUGCUAAUAACCAGGAGCCAAAGUUCACCAGAGAUACAUACCAAAUUACAGUUCCAGAAAGUACCCAAGUUAAUUCCCCUAUUAUAAGUGGUUUGUCAGCAACAGAUGCCGAUUACAAAGGAGCACCAAUCAGUGUAACCUGCAACAUAUCAGCAGUAGAAAAUCCAGAUCAAUCGCAAAGGCUAAGCUGUGAGACUUUCAGGGUGGAGGUGCUUUCGUCCAGUAACAGAGAGUGGAGUGGGAACUUGAUACUUCAGAAACCACUGGAUUUUGAAACUCGCUUUUUCUAUCAAGUGCCACUUGUGCUCAGUGAUGGGUUGCACUUCAAUUUACAAAGUAUUGAGAUCAACUUGGAGGACGUUAAUGAUGCUCCACCACUUUUUGAGCGAGCUUUGUCGACCAUUAUAGAUGAGAACAUGCCUGCUUUUUCAUACAUUACUAAUGUCCUUGCAAGAGAUGGUGAUGUGAACAAGCCAAGGGACAUCGCCUACGAACUCACCUGUCAUAAUGAUUCCUUUUCAAUCCAGUCCUCUCCAUAUGGACAGGCCAACAUCACCAAUCUGAUGACAAUUGACAAGGAGUCCGAUCUUUUCCAGGAAAGAGGUUUCAUCAUGUUGUGUAUUAAGGCCAGGGAAAUUAUUUCUCCCGGUUUGUAUGGUAAUGAUGCACUUACAACGGCGGACACGACAAUUCGGAUAACUGUCCGCGACAUGAACGACAACGCUCCAACCUUCCACCAAGACCACUUCAACGUUUCUAUCUACGAGAGUAUUCCCAACCUGGCCUCACUGCCUGAUCUUUUCAUGACCGUCACAGAUAAAGAUUCCUCGACAGCCAAUUCCUACGACUUUGUGUUGAUGGACCACACAGAUGUGUAUGAAAUGCACCCAAAGAGUGGCCAGGGACAGACUAUUGGGGUUAUACGUGUGAUUGAUACGUCCAAGAUUGACUACGAAAUAGGGCCCAGGACAUUUAUUUUGAGGGUGGAAGCUAGAGAGAAUUUUGGAGGAAUUAGACUAACCGGAACAGCAACUGUUACCGUGUAUGUCCUCGAUGUCAACGACAACGUACCACAGUUUCGGCAGUCUAGUUAUGAAGAGAGUGUUAAAGAAAAUGAAAGUGAAGGUCACCUCAUCGUGACUGUAUCAGUUGUUGAUCCUGAUUCAGGAAAUAUGGGUUCCCAAGGUGUAAGAUUCAGCUUAGUUGGAAAUGGGGCACAUUUGUUUAAGAUUGACCCUCAGAGUGGUGAAGUGAGGGUUGCAUACUGUGACACACCCGGGAUGGGUAACUGUAUUGACUACGAACGUAAGAAGAAGUACGACCUGAACGUCAUAGCAACUGAUGAGCUGGGAAACGGUCUCACAUCGAACGCCGACCUCAUCAUCAACGUCCUCAACAUCAACGACAACAGGCCAGUGUUUGAGAGAGGAGAGUACAUCAACAGCAUCAUGGAGGGCAAGAUCAUCACGCUGGAUCCACUAAUAGUGACGGCAACAGACCGCGAUGGUGAUUCCAUCACCUAUUCAAUCCCCAGGAACCAGCAAGCGGGAACGUUCUGGCAGAUAAACUCUGUCACUGGCAAUGUAACGGCAAUCAGUCCCAUCCGGUUUGAAGACGCAACCACAAAAGACGAAGGCUUUUUCCAAUUUCAAGUGCAAGCAACAGAUGGGACAUUUGUGGAAGAGGCUAAAGUGACUAUUUAUGUUAUUGAUGUCAAUGACAAUGCGCCAAUAUUUCAACAGGCUUUUUACCGAGAGGAAAUUCCAGAAAACACAGGAGGAGGUGUGCAUAUUGUCACUGUGACGGCAACAGACAAGGAUUCCAAUGCAACAGAGUUUGGUCGCAUUGAAUACCGAAUACGGUCGGGAGCGGAGGGCAAGUUUGAGAUAGACUACAAGACAGGCGAGAUAAAGACGACACCGGCAGCCAAGUUUGACUUUGACAUAACACGUGAAUACAACAUGAUUGUUGUGGCCCUUGAUGGUGGCAACCCUCAGAAAAGUGGUACAGCGACAGUACAAGUAGAGAUCAUUGAUGAAAACAACAAGAACCCAUACUUCCGACCAACCACGCAGAGGGUUGAUGUUAAAGAAGAUGUGGCAAUUGGUACCUCAGUUGCCACAAUUGUGGCCCAAGACCCCGAUGCCAAUGUUCAACUGGAAUACUCAUUCAUUGAGCCACAAAAUGCCAUUAACCCAGAAGGACGACCGGUGGAUCCUGCACGCAUUCCGUUUAAGAAUUGGUUUACACUGGAACCCUCGUCUGGCUUUGUGAAGACCAGGCAGAAAUUGGAUCGAGACCAGGCCUCAGUUCUAACUCUGACGAUGAGGGUAGUGGACAUCUCGGCAUCGCCACGGCAGACCGGAACCGGUACCCUGAUCAUUACGGUUCUCGAGGUGAACGACCAGUCCCCGCAGUGGCCCGACGCACCGUACAGCAUCACAAUCAAUGAGGAGCAAGCCAUCGGGACCUUCAUCAUGACUCUGAUCGCACGUGACUCGGACGACUCGAUUGCGUCAUACCAACUCGUCAACAACAGAUACAACUUCUUUGCAAUCUCUCCAUCAACUGGUGUGUUGACUAUUAAAAACCGUAUAGACUAUGAUAUACCGCCAUACAUCAGUUCCACAACAUUCACAGUGCUAGCCACGGAUAGCGGCUUUCCUCAGAGAAGCAACCAGACCACGGUGUUCGUGACAAUCACCAACAUCAAUGACAACAGUCCUAUUUUUGAUGCGAAUACAUACAACACACGGGUUGACGAGAACUCCCCAGCCGGUACUUCACUAAUGACCGUGCACGCCCGGGACAAGGACCGGGAGGAUUACGGCGAGGUCCGAUACAAGCUGGACGCCUCCGAGAACCGAUUCACUAUUGACAAACAAUCUGGUGUUAUAACUACCACUGAUAAAGCUAAGCUUGACCGCGAGACUCAGCCUGUAAUAGCUAUUCAGGUGGUUGCUUAUGACAGUCCUAACCAUCCUACCGUUAGAAGAAACAUCAGUGUACCGGUUUACUUCAUUCUUGACGACAUUAACGACAAUAAACCAGUAUUUAGUUCUGCAGUUUAUAGAGUAACCAUCAUCGAAACUAUUGACAUCGGAGCUCCGAUUAUCCAGAUGUUUGUCACAGACGAAGAUAUUGGAAUUAAUGAACAAAUUGCCUAUGCAAUCAUAAACGAGUCAUCAGUUCCAGAUAAUGCUUAUGAAUUAUUCAGUGUUGGCAAGCAAUCAGGGCGAAUCAUUGUUAAAAGUAAUUUACGGGGCCACGCUGGUGCGUAUACUUUCAAAGUUAAUGCUACUGACCGCAACGGACGGGGUUGGAGUAGUACUGCCACUAUUUAUGUCAACGUUACCUCGGCAGUCAAUUCUCCUCCAAAGUGGACCAGACCUCCGUAUACUAACUUUACCAUCUCAGUUUUAGAGAGUCAGUACUUGGGAAUGCUUGUAUACGAUGCCCAUGCAGAGGAUAACGAUACUGGAACCACUGGCCUUGUUGACUACAGUUUUCUUGUACCGGGUCAGGGUUAUGUUGCGAAAACGCCCGCAUUCCGAAUUAACCCUGUUACUGGCGUGAUUCGAGCAGAGAUUGUGUAUGAUCGGGAGGGACCAGAACCAAGAUACGUGUUGGAACUGGCUGCUCGAGAUCGUGGAAGCCCACGAUUGGUCCAGACCCGAUUCUUGUAUAUCAAUAUUCUUGACGUAAAUGACAACAAGCCAGUGUUUGAAAUGGAGAAUGGCAAAACUAAACCCAUUGAGUUUGAGAAGGUGAAGGAAACUGCCCCAGUCAAUACUUACGUUGGCCGCGUGAAUGCCUCGGAUGCAGAUUCCGAGAAAUAUUCAAAGAUCUAUUACUACAUCAUCAGUGGCAAUGAUGACAAUACAUUUUACCUGGAGAGCACGACUGGCAAGAUGUAUCUAGCAAAAUCACUCGACCAUGAAAAACAGUCGCAAUACUUACUGUACGUGUUUGCCACCAACAACAUCAGUGACUAUUCAGUGAAGUGGAAACGACGUCGCAGGUCCACGGACCCCAGCAUAGCUACGGUUCUGAUUCCGGUGGAGGACGAAAACGACGCACCCCCUGUAUUCGUUGGCUUCAACUCACCUGUGGCUGGCGUUGGCGAAUAUUAUGGAUGUAUUUCGAACACUGCGUCGUACGGCCGGAGUAUAGUGACUGUUUCGGCAACCGACGCGGACUCGCAGGGGCCGAGUGGGGUGAGGUUCUCCAUCGCGUCGGGCAACAGUCGAAACGGCAACGAUAACAUCUUCCAUGUGCACGACGAGACGGGACUGAUCAGCAACCGGCUCCUUCUUAACACAUUCGCAUUCCAAACGUUUGUCCUCACCGUACAGGCCAGCGAUAGCGUGCUGGCCACCAGUGGAGGCAGGACACCCGUCACCGCUAAGGUCAAGAUCUUUGUCACCUCAACUGAUACAGAGGUGAAACUGGUGAUUAAUCAAAAAGCAACUGAAGUCCAAAACUAUGUCGCUCAGAUUCAACGAAUUCUUCAGAAGCAGAAGAACAUACACUAUGUGUGUAUCACCAAAAUACGCGACCACCUCAGGACUGAUGGAACACUAUCAGACUCAGUUGCCGACGUCUUUGUAUCAGCAGCUUUUGUGAAUCCCGGAAGUCAAACCGGAUAUUCAAUGUAUUCCACUGAGACCCUGGCUAACGAACUUAACCAGAACUACACCAACAAACAGGCCGACCUCGACUCUCUUCACAUCACCUCAAUCAAUCCAUCAGAAGAAAGUUCCUCCUUCCUGACAAGAGAACCGGUGUUGGCUGUACUGAUCAUCAUUAUCCUGCUGGUUGUCAUGGCACUCAUUCUCUUCUGUAUUGCUUGCUACUGCAUCGCAGGAUCGAGAACCAAGAAAACAGAUAAAGCAACAGCAGCACAACGGACAUACAUAUAUCAAGAGCCUGUUGUUGAGCACGUAAAAGUAGCUGACGUAAGACCACAAGAGCAACUCCCAGUUGCACAACCAGUCCCAGUCGUACAACCCGCCCCAGUGUAUGACAACAGCGGGUUUGAGCCAGAAGAUGAGUAUGCUGUAGUUCAAAAGAGGAAACCCCCCACAGAACAAGAGCCUGUGAUAGUGGCUCCAGUUGACGCACCCUCUCAACCUGACGACGGACCCGUUCCCGUCAUCGAAACUUACCCAGUCGACGACGACAACACAUUUCCCCCUCUGCCCCCUCCGAUAACUGAUGAGGGUCCACUCCCUGUGAUCGAAACUUACCCAGUCGACGAUGACAGCGCAUCCCCCCCUCUGCCCCCUCCAGUAACUGAUGAGGGUCCGGUCCCUGUGAUCGAAACUUACCCAGUUGAUGAUGAUGGCAUGGAGCAGCCCCCGCCCCCACCUGCGGAGUUUCGUAGUCACGAGCCCAAUGAUAUUGAAGUUGAGAUUAAAGAGGACACACCCAUGUCAACUCCAGUGUCCACGCCAAAGUCAUCACUUCGACACAGCUCACCGCCAACUCCCAGGAUGCAUCACCAAAUUGACACGGAAAUUAGAGAUUAGAAUCACCAAAACAUUUGGUCGUGGAACUGGUUUAUUAAUGUGGUUGGUUUAUUAUCCAUAUACACACCUUCUAUAAAAACAAAAAUGUAAAGCAAUAAAGGAGGAUCAGGAAAUAAACAGUUGUGUGAACGUUUGUCUGAAAAAUUUAAUUUCAUUUAUCAGUUACUUAAUACAUAAAGGAAUUUCAUUCAUUUUAAAAUGCUUACAUAAUACAAGUAUACUUUUUUAUAAAUGGAUUCAGUUUUUAAAAAAACUCCAAACAUUAUGGUCAAUGCUGCCAUCUGAUGCAGUCGUAUUGUUUGUUCUUUAACCUACAAAAGAAUAUUAAAUCUAGAAUUUGAGUGAAAAAGGUUUGGACUUAUUUAAUAAGCAAACACAUUGUCAUCUUUACAACAUAUCAGAAUUCACAUGUUUAAUUUGUUUUUAAAUAAGUCAUAUCUGAAAGUGGAAUUUUAGUAUAAAAAAAAAAGGUUUGGUCUUGUAUAAUAAGUAAAUAUUUUAACACGUUCUUGUUUUGUUAAAACGCUAUCAAAAUUGGCAUGUUUAAGGUUACUUAUCAAAAAAGAUCAAAGAAGGUCACAUUUGACAGUAUAUUUUUCUCCUAUAUUGUUAUUGAUGCCUUUGUUUAGCAUAGAACUCUUAAUAGCCCUUGUCUGCUCUGUAAUUAGCUUUAAUAAUAGUAUUUUACAAGUCAUAAAAUACAAAAAUGAGUUUUGAACAUACAUUUACAACCCUUUUUGCUUUGCUGUAUUUAAAAAUGUUUUACAAAUGUUUAGUGUAAAAAAACAAACAUUUAAUAUUAAUAUUGUACUAAUGAUUAGCUAUCGGUUAUGAAGAAACAAACUAUAAGUUUUGUCCAUUCACUUUAAAUCCAUGACAAAUACAAAUCAUAUUGUGUUGUGAUGUAAUAUUUUUUUUGUAUACUGAUUCUGAUAGUGGUCACAAACUCGAUAUUUACACACCAAUAAUUUGGUAACAUAUCUGAUGCUAAUUAUUUGUGAAUAUGUAUGUUAUGAAAAUGUAUUUUUUAUAUGACUCCUGGUAUUAAAAAAAUGUAUGUAUUUCUAAUGUUAGAAUCACAAAUUAGAUUUAUUUUAAUCUUCCAUAUCAAGAGAAUUUAUUGUUGAGUUAGUAGAGUGAUUACGAGACAAAACUGUAUGUAUUUGUGUUUGUUAGUUUAUGUACAUAUGUCUACAUUGUAUCAUAGAUAAUUAUUUUAUAGUGAGAAAUUUUAGAUAUGUAUGUAUAUGAUACAUUUUAUAUACAAAAUUAAUAAAUAUUUUAUAAGA